AUUUUGGCGUAUAAUGGACGAAAGACAACGCUUCAUUAUUCAAGAAACUGAGAUGUUGCUUGGCAAGCUUCAGCGUCCCCCACUACAGCGGAGAAAACAGCAUGUAAUGAGGAAGCUCGGCCGGUCCCAAUGGACGCCCGACGCGCAUGCGCCGCCCGCCAGCAACGAGUCAAGCAGACGAAAAGAAGAUGGCCGACCGCAGCAGGCACGCGCGCUGCGACAGCUCCAGGAGGGAUCGGGCGGCUCGAACCACGUGAUGCUAUCACGCAAGGGCCGCCAUUCAAGAAGUCUCAUGUCCAGUGACGACAGCACCGAGGACGACACGUUCCGUGUCAGAGGCCUCAAGUUCUCCAAGGACUUCACCCGGGACCUUGUCGAAUCUGCCCUGCAGUACACCCCGCGAGACGACGAUGUCUUUGUCGUCUCGUACUCCAAGUGCGGGGCAGCCUUCGUGCAGCACAUCGUACACCUCAUCUUCAACCAGGGACAGCCGUCCGGCGACUACGUCAAAUGGUCACAGGCCACACCUCAUCUGGAGCUAGUGGGCGCCGAGGCUGUUUGCAAGAUGCCUCGACCCAACGCCAUAAAGUCCCACCUUCCCGUCGAACUAAUGCCGUGGUCCAGCGAAGCUAAGUACAUAUACGUGGCCAGAAACCCCAAAGACUGCUUCGUCUCUAUUUUCCUCAACCGUCAGUUGUUCCUCAAGCAGAAAUCCAUGGACGCCGCCUUCCAGGAGUUCAUCAGCGGCGACAUGAUCUGGGGCGAUUACUUUCAGCACGUGUCCGGAUGGUACUCCAAGAAGAAGGAACCUAACGUGAUGUUCGUCCUCUACGAGGACAUCAAGAGAUCGCCGCACGAAGUAAUUGAGAAACUCGCAGCGUUCUUGGGCGAAAAGUGGCUGGAGUCCAUCCGAGACGAGAGCACCCUUGACAAGAUAGUGCACCACAGCAGCUACGACUUCAUGAAAGAGCAUGCCACGCAGACUGUCAAAAAAUUCGAAGAAACGCCAGAGGAGGACGUAGACGCACCCAUUGUAGAAACGCCGGCCAUGAGGACGAGGACGUUUGCAAGAAGAGGAACGGUCGGCGACUGGAGGUCUACCCUGAAUACGAAGCAAGAAAGACAGCUGGAGAAGAUCUUGAGAGAGAAGUCUAAAGGAACAUCCAUUUGGAAAUUUUGGGUGGACUUGGAUGAAGAAGAUGACAGCGACUUCUGAUGAAGGCAAGAAUCUCGAGGCAAGAAAGUCUCAAAAUUCGUGCCCAAGUGUUUCAACUUGUCACUAGAGGUCGUCAGGCUCUGGCCUGUGGACAGUCAGCCCUAGGAACAGCCACCGUGGCUUUACAUCCAAGAGUUUCAGUGCCUUUUACACACCUAACUGCCCGUCAUCUUGUGCACUAUAGCUCCAAGGGACAUCAAGGGGAACGCUACAAGGUGGCGAAGACUGGGUGUUAGUGCAUUUUUACGGGCAAACGAGGCAACUAGUCUUUUUCCCUACAGAUGCCGAGCGUUAUUGAUAUGAACAAUUCCUAUGUAGCAAGCUUAGAAGUUUAACAGCCAUAGUUUAAGGAACAACUUGUAUACCCAAAUCGUUUUCCUUCUCGCGAUGUAAGACUCACGUGGUGAUGCAAGUUCUAAACUUCAAAACUAUAGCAGCGCCGUUCCACGAUCCCAUGUCUAAAGUCAUGUAUUAAAAACUCUAUUUACUUUGUUGAUACUACAAUAA